ACAAUAGUUGUUCAUAUAUCAUGAAUAAAUACAAGUUUUUCACACUUUAUAUAAUAUUACGUGGGGGACUUUUAUUUUGAAAGUUUCUUAAAUUCCGCAACACGGAAGUACUUUUAUUUUUUUUGUGUUGCUGACAAGCUGGUGACUCCUAGUUACAGGGCGGCAGCUUCGAGCGCACAUGGCAGACUACAAAAGGGUUGUGUUUCAGCUCGCAAAGCGGUUCACAAAUAUAUUCAGAACACACUAUGCAGCCGGUCUGUAUACCUCAGUGUUGUGUGCAGCCUGUCCGAGUGGUGAGAUGCCUUUGGAUAUACGGCGUAAAAAACAACAUUAAUUUAUUGGGUUAGGCUGAAAGGCUGUAAAGUUGAGCAUCCCACUGCUACUGUUCUAGAUGACUGUUGGGAAUAUACAAGUAGACAAGGCAGUGGUUUUGGUUGGACAGUUGGAAAAACUUGCUGAUGAGAGUGGUUGGAGGUUGGCCCUUCCGUGGUGAUUAAGGUCUGUUCCUCCAUGGUUAUAGUUAGUUAGCUCGUAGAUUUAGCAAAAGCAGAGUGGGUAGCCACUUUGUCGACGUGCACAAGAGUAACUAACUAGGCACUUUUGCUAACCUUGCCUGGUGGGUUCUUCUAGAUAUAACGAACUAACGUUAACUAGCUCAAUCUAGUCAAGUAGCCAACAAACAUUCAACACUGAAACUAAAAAGUUGAUUUCCUUGCUCAAGUAUGGAGAUGUGCUUACCGUGCCUUGGUGGACCUGGAAACGACUUGUCCACCACACCAGAUCGAGAGACAAGGAGACGUGAGCUGGCAGAGGCCGCUGAGAAGAGACAGAAAGAGACAACCUACAGGGGUGUCAAAAACCCCCAAGCAGUUGAGAGAAAUAAAAAGAAUAAGGAGAUGGAGAAACAAGAGAUGAGACCGUCUCCGCCUGGAGGAGGAGGAGGAGGAGGAGGAGGGAUGAAGUGGCAGGUAGGCUAAAGAUAGACAUGGAGAGAUCCUGGAAGUCUCAAUGUAGACUGAGGUUCAGCUAACAACAUGAAGAUGGUACCAGUUGACUUAAAGGCUUUUUUUUUUUGAAUAUCAGCCCUUAUACUAGAUUUUUUAUUUUUAAAUGCAAGCUUUUUUUUAGAGGCGAUUGUGUGUCUGCAUCUCUCAACUUCGUAGGAUAGUUUGCCGGGCUUCGACGCUGGUAAAAUAAAUAAAUAAAAGAUUCUGCUGCCCAAUGUUGGCCGUGUGAAUCACAGGACAUGCCUCCCUUAAUGCCAAGAUAUACAAGAGAAUAUGCAAGCCAGCCAAUGGAGCUUUGGGACAGGGUGGCGUAGCUAUGAAUAGAAUAUAAACACUCGGAGGAAAUAUGCUCUCACACUACAUCGAUAAACUGUACCAGGCGUCUUGCAGUGAACUCUCUCUCUGUGUUCUCUUUGUCCUCUCGCCUUUCUUUCUCUCAGCCAUUUCCACUUUGCCAGCUUUAACACCAUGGCGCUUACUUCUUUUGCAAUUGUUUCAGACAUUUUGAACUUUGAGGAAUAUUCUUGUGAUCUAUUUACUGUAUAGUAUAUUUUCCUUCUAAAAUUAUUUUAUGCAACAAAGUCCUUUUUACUGUUCAAAAUAGGCCUAGAUGAUUCAAAUGUCAUUUUCUAUUGUAGAUCAGUGUGAAAAGAACUACGUUUCCCAUAGCUACCGAUGAACCACAUGUGAACGUUUUAGAGUUCCCGCACCAGCACUAUUCAGUUGACUUUUCUAUUGUAGAUCAGUGUGAAAAGAACUACGUUUCCCAUAGCUACUGAUGAAUGUUUUAGAGUUCACGCACCAGUACUAUUCAGUUGACUUUUCUAUUGUAGAUCAGUGUGAAAAGAACUACGUUUCCCAUAGCUACUGAUGAAUGUUUUAGAGUUCACGCACCAGCACUAUUCAGUUGACUUCACUUUAGUGUUUGAUUUUCAUAUGUCUGUGCAAUAUAAGUUAUUUGCUACACGUUGUAUUGGUUUGUAAUGUAUGAAGAAAAUGCUAUAUUUUAAAUGAGGUAAGAGGUUUGAGUCGUGAAAGCCUGAUGAAAGUGUUUUUUUAUGCAUGAAUAUUUCUUCUUUUUUUCCUCUCAUUUCAACCUGUUCAGUAAUAUUGUUGUCAUGACAAUGUUCCAGGAAUUAUUUUAUCCAAACAUACACCGGUGUCACAAUGUUCUUUCUUGGGUAUGCAGUCUGUUGUCAGGAUGGUAAUAGGACUACCGUUAUUCACCAGGUUUCAGUCCAUUUCAGUUCAGGAAGUACACUGAAAUUACAAUUAUCUGCAAUGCUUUUCAAUGAGGAAUUUUUUUGGGGGAUUUACUUUCUGAAUUGAAAUGGAAUUGACCCCAACCCUGUCAUCCACUGGGGCGUACCUGUCCACGAUGAUAACUGCAGAUCUGUCAUCCACUGGGGCGUACCUGUCCACGAUGAUAACUCUGCAGAUCUGUCACCCACUGGGGCGUACCUGUCCACGAUGAUAACUCUGCAGAUCUGUCAUCCACUGGGGCGUACCUGUCCACGAUGAUAACUCUGCAGAUCUGUCAUCCACUGGGGCGUACCUGUCCACGAUGAUAACUCUGCAGAUCUGUCAUCCACUGGGGCGUACCUGUCCACGAUGAUAACUCUGCAGAUCUGUCAUCCACUGGGGCGUACCUGUCCACGAAGAUAACUCUGCAGAUCUGUCAUCCACUGGGGCGUACCUGUCCACGAUGAUAACUCUGCAGAUCUGUCAUCCACUGGGGCGUACCUGUCCACGAUGAUAACUGCAGAUCUGUCAUCCACUGGGGCGUACCUGUCCACGGUGAUAACUCUGCAGAUCUGUCAUCCACUGGGGCGUACCUGUCCACGAUGAUAACUCUGCAGAUCUGUCAUCCACUGGGGCGUACCUGUCCACGAUGAUAACUCUGCAGAUCUGUCAUCCACUGGGGCGUACCUGUCCACGAUGAUAACUCUGCAGAUCUCAGAAGGAAAUGGGAAGAGAGCCUGAACCAGCAGGUGUUAUUGUGCACUUGGAAGUAUUGCAUUUAUACCUGCCUUGCUUUUUAUACUUGAGGUUUCUUCUUCCUAUACCCACCUAGUGCUUCAAAGGCUCUUGCCACUUUGAGGUGCAUGAAGUCACGCCAAUGUCAUUUUGUUGAAAUAAAGUUGUCAGAUGACUGUU